AUAUAGGGAUCUGCUUAUUGCCCUGAACCUCAUAUAGGGAUCUGCUUCCUACCCGGAACCUCAUAUAGAGAUCUGCUUAUUACCCUGAACCUGCACUAUGCAGGGACUUGGGAGAGACACACAGAACAGGGACUCCCCAAAGAGGGAGAAGGAUCUGAGGGGCUCAGCAAUACUGCACCAGCAGAGACGCCUCAAACAAGCCACGCAGUUUGUGCACAAAGACUCUGCGGAUCUUCUGCCACUGGACCAGCUGCAGAGACUGGGGACCAGUAAAGACCUGCAGCCACACAGUGUGAUCCAGAGACGGCUCAUGGGGGGCAGCCUGAGCAUCGAAAGCGAUAACCCUGUAUUUCCAACUUCCCCGUGCAACAGGGGGAGAGACGCACCCCCCCAGGGUGAUGAGACGAUACAGCCAACUAAGUUGGGUGAGGAGACCCCCGGUGGCUGGAAGGAACAAGCUCUACUCAUACCCUGCAAGGUUUGUGGCCACGAUGCAAGGGCCAAGCUAUGCACGGAACAUCAACAGAACCUCAUCUCCCGGAGCUGCACGGAAAGGCUGGGGGCCCCAAUUUCACAUUACAAAGUUGCAUCAGGACUUUAUGGACCUAGGAAUGAUACGGACUGGAGCCUGGAAUUUACUGUAAGUACUGGAUGUGCUGAAGGAGCUGCUGGGCUUCAGGAAGGGGACUGGGUACUAGGAAGCCCCAGGGGGGGCAAUUGCAACAGGAAGUUGCCUGAGAGGGGGCACAUCAUUGGGCCUUUCAAAACGAGGCUGCAGAGACCCUAGUGGCACAGACUGGGGGCUUUCUGGUAGGAGGUGUCUGUUGAAAUUAGAAAUUAAUUCUAACUUAGGGAAUUGCUACAAGGUGACUCUGGGACUUGGGGUGUCAUAGUCAGGUAAGUAGUGGAACUUUGGCACCCUGAGUACCCCAAUAACUUAAAUAAAGAGCUCGUUAUAUUAUAUGGAACUGGGGGUUGGAUAUUUGGGAGUCUUGAUUGUCUCAGCAAAAGUAACUAGUAGUAAAAAGUGGAACUUUGGCACCCUGAGUACCCCAAUAACUGAAAUAAAGAGCUCGUUAUAUUAUAUGGAACUGGGGGUUGGAUAUUUGGGAGUCUUGAUUGUCCCAGCAAAAGUAUCUGCCUGACUCUGUGGCAGAAUUAGGGGACUCUGUGGGCUUCACAGGGGGGUUCCUGCUGUCCCGGGGGCUGUGGGAGAUACAGUAAUAGAAGCCACAGGGAGUACCUGUAGAUAUUGGGGUGCAAACUCAACGUUAGCCCAGUGUCACAACCACCAGCGAGGGGAAUAAAGUGAUCUUUUUGUCAACAGUCUCAGGGAAUCCCUAAGUGUUAGACUGUAUUUGCUUCCUCCGGUGUUGGUAACAUCAGGCACUGGUUACUGAGGGAACAGGAGAGACGGGGAGUAAAUCCGUGGCUGUAGUGAAGGAUCACAGAGAAAACUCGAUGAGGGACGUUACUUCAUGACAGAGAAAGGAGCCUCUGGCUUUAUCCAAGCAAGAUCUGGGAUGCUUAUCCGCACUAUACCGCUUGUCUAGUUCUAUACCCACCUGAGGAUAAACACUUGUUUGGAAUGGCCGCCUACAUCGAAUU